CUCUCUCCACCCCCUCUUUCUCUUCUCCUAGUCAUGCCUCUGUGUCCUAGCAGCAGUAGUAGUGAGGAGGAGGAGGAGGAGGAGGCUGUGUUUUAAGAGUAAGCCAACAUUAGCCGUCAGUACCGAGUUAGCUGGCUAUGUCACCAGGAGCCCGGGAUUUGGGCUUUUCCUAAUUCAGCUGUGUGUCAGCGGGGAUUAGUCUCUGCUCUUCUCUCUGGGACUUUAAAUGGAAGGACUAUACUAUGAUAUUUCCAGGAUUGCCUACUACACAGAAUAUGACAGACACCUAGCAGCUGCAGCGUCAGCAGGGAAGAACAUGGCGACGGCCUACCUGGACCCCAACCUGAACCAUGCCCUCCUGGGAGGCGCCAAAUCCCGACUCAGCGCAGGGGGGUCAGACCGAACCAUGGCUGGCUCCGUGGACAGGGUUCUGAAAGUCUUCCAUCACUUCGAGGCCAACACUGAACACAGCUGCUGGUCCUCCAACAUCCGAUAUGGAGACGCGACGGAUGUUAAAGGAAUCAUCCAGAAGAUUCUCGACAUCCACAAGGUGCGCUGGACGUCUUGUUUUGGUCUCCGUCUCAGCAACAGCCAAUCCAGAGACCAGGUGCACUGGCUCCACCCCGAUUUAGGCGUUUCCCACGUCCGAGAAAUGUAUGACCAGGCUCGGUCGACGGAGGAGUGGAGGUACGAGCUAAGGAUUCGAUAUCUUCCAAAGGGCUUUGUGCAGCAGUUCACAGAAGACAAACCUACACUCAACUACUUCUACCAGCAGGUGAAGAAUGAUUACAUGACAGAAAUUGUGGAACAGGUGGAACAUGUUGCUCUAAAACUGGGUUGUCUGGAAAUCAGGAGGUUCUUCAAAGAGAUGAGAGGAAACGCCCUGGACAAGAAAUCCAACUAUGAACUAUUAGAGAAAGAUGUUGGCCUGAGGCGUUUUUUCCCAAAAGACCUGUUGGAUUCAGUCAAGGCUAAAACCCUCAGAAAGCUGAUACAGCAGACUUUCAAGCAGGUGGCCAAUCUCAACGACGAGCAGUGCAUCCUGAAGUUCUUGGAGAUUCUGGCACCGAUCCAUCGCUAUGACAAGGAGUGCUUCAAAUGUGCCCUUGGGUCCAGCUGGGUGAUCCAGGUGGAGUUAGCCAUCGGGCCGGAGGAAGGGAUCAGCUACCUCACUGACAAGGGAUCCACGCCCACCCACCUAGCUAACUUCAACCAGGUCCAGUCCAUCCAGUACUCUGCCAUGGAGGAGAAGGACAGGAAAGGGAUGCUACAGCUCAACGUAGCCGGAGCUGCUGAGCCUCUCACAGUUACGACAGCAUCGUUGACCAUGGCAGAGAACUUGGCUGACUUGAUUGACGGUUACUGUCGGCUCAUCUCCAUGGAAACACACUCUUUCAUCGUCAGAUAUCAGAAAGAGGGGGAGAGAGCACUUCCUUCCAUCCCAAAAUUGACCAACAAUGAGAAAAAGUUAGAAGCCGUCCGGAGUGGAGUAAGAGCUAUCUCCGUCUCGGACCUCGUGACUUCGCCGCCUCUCAAGCCAACCAAGGCGCGGCGUUUCCUCCUCCCCUUUGUGUUCUGUUCAGAUUCGCCGCCCAAGGGUAUCCUCAGCUCCCAUUGGAUAGAGGAUCUUAGUGGGGAUGAAACCGAUGACUACGCUGAGAUAGUUGAUGAAGAGGACACAUACACCAUGCCCUCCAUCAGCUAUGGAAUAGUUGAAGCGCGGGAUUAUGAGAUCCAGAGAGACAGGAUAGAGUUGGGCCGCUGCAUAGGAGAGGGCCAGUUUGGAGAUGUACACCAAGGAGUCUAUGACAGCCCGGACAAACCAGCUCUCGCUGUGGCCAUUAAGACCUGUAAGAACUGUACAUCCGACAGCGUCAGAGAAAAGUUCCUACAGGAAGCAUUGACAAUGCGUCAGUUUGACCACCCUCACAUCGUAAAGCUGAUUGGAGUGAUCACAGAGAACCCCGUGUGGAUCAUCAUGGAGCUGUGUACUCUGGGAGAGUUACGCUCCUUCCUUCAGGUGAGGAAGUACAAUUUGGACUUGGCCAGUCUCAUUUUGUUUGCCCACCAACUCAGCACAGCCCUCGCAUACCUGGAGAGUAAACGUUUUGUACACAGGGACAUCGCAGCGCGCAACGUGUUGGUCUCCUCAGUCGACUGCGUGAUGCUCGGAGACUUUGGCCUGUCGCGAUACAUGGAGGACAGUUCUUACUACAAAGCUUCUAAAGGUAAACUUCCUAUCAAAUGGAUGGCUCCUGAAUCCAUCAACUUCAGAAGAUUCACCUCCGCCAGUGACGUCUGGAUGUUUGGGGUGUGCAUGUGGGAGAUCUUGAUGUUCGGCAUCAAGCCUUUCCAGGGAGUGAAGAACAACGACGUGAUUGGCAGGAUAGAGAACGGCGAGCGAUUGGCCAUGCCUCCUCAGUGCCCGCCCACCCUCUACAGUUUGAUGACCAAAUGUUGGUCAUAUGACCCCAGCAAGCGGCCGAGAUUCACCGAACUCAAAACACAACUCAACACCAUACUGGAGGAAGAAAAGCUUCAACAAGAGGAGAGACUUCGAAUGGAGAUGAGGAGACAAAUCACCGUGUCCUGGGACUCUGGAGGGUCUGAUGAAGCACCUCCCAAACCCAGCAGACCAGGUUACCCAAGUCCUCGUUCCAGUGAAGGCUUCUUUACCGGCCCCCCAGUCAACCACUUCCCGCCCUCGGCCCAUGGUGUCGUAGUAGGAGGAGGAGGGGGCAGCUACCCUGCUGUUGAUUCCUGGAGUCAACACCGACCUGAACACACUGCCCUGUGGAGCCAGAACAUGGAGGACGAUGGCUGUGUAGGCCAGGCUGUGAUGGAGGAGAGGCUGAUGAUGCAGCAACAACAGAUGGAGGAUGACCAGCGGUGGCUGGAGCAGGAGGAGAGCUUCAUGGUUAUGAAGGCAGAGUCCAGAAACAGCAGAGGAAGCAUUGACCGAGAAGACGGCUCACUACAAGCACCGUGUGGAAACCAACAUAUUUACCAGCCGGUCGGGAAACCAGAGCACGUGGCUCCUCCUAAGAAACCGCCGCGCCCCGGAGCUCCUUGUCACCUCGGCAACCUGGCCAGUCUUUGCCCCGUUGACAGCUACAACGAGGGUGUAAAGCCGUGGAGGCUGCAGCCUCAGGAGAUCAGCCCGCCCCCCACGGCCAACUUGGAUCGCUCUAACGACAAAGUGUAUGAGAACGUGACGGGAUUGGUCAAAGCUGUGAUCGAGAUGUCCAACAGGAUCCAGCCCGCGGCCCCGGAGGAGUACGUCCCCAUGGUCAAGGAGGUGGGUCUGGCACUGAGGACUCUGCUUGCGACAGUGGACGAGACACUUCCUGUUCUGCCCGCCAGCACACACAGAGAGAUCGAGAUGGCCCAGAAGCUGUUGAAUUCCGAUCUGGCCGAGUUAAUAGCGAAGAUGAAGCUGGCCCAACAGUACGUGAUGACGAGUUUACAAAAGGACUACAAGAAACAGAUGUUGAUGGCGGCUCACGCCCUCGCAGUCGAUGCCAAGAACCUGCUGGACGUCAUCGACCAAUCACGACUCAAGAUGAUCCGCCCGCAUUAGCGUGCGUCGCUGUGGAGAUUGAGCGUGCGGCAGCUUGUUGCCAAUCACAACGAGAAGAGGGCACUCAGGCCAAUGACGGACGGACAGACGGAUUAAUCAGUGAACCGACGGGUAGCAGACACGACAGACCGAAGCAGUCGGCUCCCUCAUCUCCGCCUUCAAACACUCAGCGUUUGUCUUCGCUCGCUGGCGGCGGGCACGUUUUUCUCAAUAUUGUGAUGUUUUGUACUUUUGUUGCAUUAUUUGCUUUUGUAUCCAGAGAAACGCUUUUUUGUCUUCCAUCACGUAUCCUCAAAGAUGAGGUUGGUUUUUUUGGAAUCCUUCGUUACUACUCUUUUGAAGAGAGUGAAUCAAAAGUUUCAGAGGCUCGCUUUGAAGGACUGCAGAGAUCCUGCAGGUGUUUGGAGGCUCCAAAAUGUGCCGCAUGAACCCGACUAACAGUCUUCGCGCAGGAUGUAACAACUGGAAUUGAAGAGCCAGGACGUGAAUAAUGAGGAUGAUAUGAUAAUGUUGCUGUUCAAACAUGCUUUUAUAUCAUUAUUAAUUACUACUAUUACUAUUUUCAGCUUUUCCUCUGACAGUAUGUCCCUGUUCAGUCUUCCUCUUUUUCCUUUUUUCAUUCAACGGGCAAAAGUAAGUGACUUACAGCUGCUCGUCAAUAACACUCUGUAGACCUCUAUCUCUGGCACGGUGAGAUGAAAUGAAAUGAAAUAUGAAAUCUGUUUUGGGAAGAACAAAGUCAAUGUCACAGGCCACUUUUUAAGUUAACUUGCAUAGUAAAUAUACAUAGAGGCUAUAUUUUUAACACGUUUCUGAGGCAUGAGUUGUUCGUAAAUAAAGGAGACGGAUGAGUUUGGGGUGCAGUUACAGAAGUGUGAGAGGUCGGGUGAGGUUGUUACAAAGGUGGUCCUAGUUAUGUACAGCUGGGAACCUCGUGCUAAAUGUAAAACAAUUGACAAAAAGGAUUAUGUCCUGGAAAUCAUUUUGUUUUGUUCAAAAUUCCAAAAUUCAUGGAUACUUUAUUGCUGUCUUUUUUACAUUGAAGCCAAAUUCUGUUAUGUUGCAGGUUCCUUCUAUUCUAUCCUUCUCACAAGUAUUCACUCAACAAGAUGCUUUUGAGAACAUCAAAAUACUUUUUUGGGAAUAAAGAUUGUUUCCUAUUUAGAAUAGAAGAGAGUUCGGUGGCCCAAAUAGAGUACAGGUCUCGUUCAUUUAUCUUGUCCUACAUGAUUCCUUUAUUUCCUCCUCUGUCUUCCCACUGCCCUCCACUGGAGUUAUUUAUACAUUAUUCCCUCCCUUCAGCCUCCUGUUGCUCUCCUCCCUCUCUGAUUCUCUCUCCAUUCCACCGUUCCUUCUCCUCUGAGGUGAGCAAUAUUCUCAGGAAGGAGUCACAUGUACAGUUGCUAAACCAAGCAAAUAAAAACACUGUUAUCAUUAAAA